CAUAUGAGUGGCUGGAGGCAGUUCUCCUCAGUCAUUCGUCGAUGUCCGCGCGUUAGGUUCGGUUUAGCUUGUACCGGGAGCUUGUAGUCCACCGUAUCUCUCAUCUUCGACGACCAUCCAGGGACUUGGUUUGGAAACGAAACGAAAACAAAAAAAUAGAAUCGCCUCGAUUAUAUAAACAUAAAACCAAUAAUUGAGCACAUAUCUCUCUGGCUGGAGCUGGAGGUAUCUGUGUUCGUGUAUCUUUAUCUGUGUCUGUGGAAGUCCCAGUGCAUUCCGGUUUUUUCGAAUCGGAUCCAAACAACAACAGUGCCGAUAUAUAUGUACAUAUGUCGCUACGUCAGAGUCAUUUAAAUUCGUACUGAAAUACCGACUUGGAAAAAAUCCCAAAGCCCAUCAAUAAGAAAUAUAAAUAAAAACCACGGAAUAAUUGAUGAGUACACCCCCCCGCCAGUGUGCGUGUGAUAUUCGUUUGUGUGCCCAAUCCCCCAAUAAUAACCAAUCUCAGCCGGCCCUCAAAAGUCUGAUAACCGAGGCUUAAACCCACUUUCGCUUCCAGCCGCAGAAUGCUUCAAAUAACAGAACGCACUAUUUUAUGGCUCCCAUUAGUUCUAAUAGUGGCUGUUUUAUGCUCGGCCCAGCAGCAAUAUCCAGCACUAUCGGUGGGCAAUCCUCUGGAGGCGCUCACAGAUCGCGGCGCCUUCCAACAAGGACCCACUCACGUCCAGUCGGUGAGGAGUAACUUCGAGGACGACACCUUGCGAACCAUUUCACAGGGAGUUCAGGAGUUCGCUCUCGAUAUCCUGCAGCGCAUAUCGGCCCAGGUGCAAAAGAACAAUAGGGACUUUAUGAUAUCGCCCUUCUCGAUCUGGUCGCUCAUGGUGCUGCUCUAUGAGGGCUCCAGCGGAGAGACCUACAACCAGCUACGUCGUGCCCUGCGCAUCAAUGUCGAAGACGAGAAGCUGCGCGGGGUCUACCAGAUAUGGAGCUCCUUCCUCAACACAAAUACCCCCACCGUAGAGGUCGCCUCCCUACAGGCUGUUUACACGGAUAUCUCGGCGCCGAUAAACACCGGCUACCGCUCUAUUAUCAAGAACUACAAUGUGCAGCCCAUGGAGGUGGACUUCUACAAAGAGGACACAGUGCAUCUGAUCAACGACGCCACAAACCGCACUACCAGAGGACUCAUCCCCUACACCGUACUGCCGCAGGACAUUUAUGGAGCCAAGAUGUUCCUACUCUCCUCCCUCUUCUUCAAGGGCCAGUGGAAGUUUCCUUUUAACCAAACCCUGACCAGAAUGGAGAACUUCUACAACGAAAACGACGAGGUGGUCGGCCAAGUAUCUAUGAUGGUGCAGGAGGCCAACUUCGCCUACGCUUCCAACAUCGAGGGCCUGGACGGCUAUGUCCUGGAGCUGCCCUACGGCACUCAGGACAGGCUGGCCAUGAUCGUGGUGCUGCCCAAGCGCGGCUUCAAGCUCAACGACGUGGCCAACAACCUCAAGACGAUAGGUUUGUCGCCGAUCCUGCAGCGUCUGGCAGCUUUCAAGGCACGGGCUUCCGAGGACAAUGAGGUGGAGGUCAUGAUGCCCAAGUUUGAGACGACGACGGACUUUACACUCAAGGGCAUCCUUGGGCAGAUGGGCAUUGUGGAUCUGUUCGAUGAGAACACCGCCAACCUGAGCCGCAUGGCCAGCGGAUUGUUUGCCAAGAUCUGCAUCCACUCCACCAAGAUCAUUGUCGACGAGCAGGGCACCACGGCCGGUGCUGUGACACAAGCUUCGCUUAUCAACAAGGCGACGCCUCCGAAAUUCCUGCUGAACAAGCCCUUCCAGUACAUGAUCGUGGAGAAGGCCACCAACCUGCUUCUCUUUGCCGGCCAAGUGCGAAACCCACAUACCCCAUAGGAUCUAAGUUGGAUUUUAUUGACACGACACAAUAACUACCCUAUGAUAGGUGAAA